AUGUGUCCUGCCACCUUUGCCGAGCUCGAAAGGUAUGGGUCUAUCGAGACUGCAUCCGAGGACGCAAUGCAAUUUGGAAAUUUUGAGUAUUCUAAUUGUCAGCAGACUAGGUGCAGCGGAGAGCCAACGGGCUGCGACAAGUGUGUGGCCAUUGGCGCUGAAUGCCAAUACCCAAGCCGACCCUCUCGUCGAAAGAAGCGAUCUCGAUCAGCAUUUCAAGCUUCCCAGCAGGAUGUACCUAACAUUGAUGGUGCCAACCAGGAGCCGAUGAAUAAAGAUACUUAUUCAAACCCUAACGACAGCUCCAUUGGUGCGACAGCGACUGAUGCGAUCGAUGGUGUUGUGCACGGUCAUCAAGCACCCUCAGGCACUACUGUGGAAGAUUCAAUGCUGUCAGCGACAAGCUUGUUUGACUACGACGACGAAGUCGACGGAGAUGCGCAACAUCUCGAGCAUUGGCUAUCCUCGGGAACUAAUGCAGACGCGGAGGGGGGAGCUCCUAGCGCCUCGGCACGCUCAGCUUUGCUGGAUGGGUGGCCAGAUCUCGGUGCUCUCUCCUCUGGGACGUUUGGGGAAACUAAUCGGCAUUGGGAUCCUCUCACCGAUGAUCAACUGCUGUUGGCAAACUACCAGAGUCAAUUAAGUGAACCCGAAGACGAUACCAACGAAGCGGUCAAUGGUGCCCAAAAUGAUGUCCCAUCUAUGGCCAUGGAAUCUGUCCUGGCAUCCCUGAGUGCCGCUCUGGCAUCUCCUCGACCCCGUCCGUCUGGAGGCUCCAGUAGUCGGAGUGAAAGCCUUGAUCAGCAUAGGAGUGGGCUCGAGAACCCCAACUCAUCAUCGUCUUACCGUCCGCAACGUGACUCGAGGAAGAAUCCUUGGCCGCCUUCAUCGUCAUCGUCAUCUCUUUCCAGGGCGAACAGCAACAGCCACGGUUCUAUGCCAGUUUCUGCCUCCGAUAUCCAGCGUAGAUCGAUAGCCCAGACUUUGAGCAACGCCAACCGUCAUAGAACAUCGGGCCCUCAAUCCUCCGUGUCAGCAUCAGCGGCAUCCUCAGUGUCCGCCGGGGGCGGCGCUGCAGGCAGUGUUGGUAGAGCGACCUCUAGUCAAGUACCAUCUCAACAGAGGGAAAAUUGCCGCUGUGCAAAGUACUCAGCUGCUUUAUUGGAGUUGCUGGAGGAACUGGGUGCCAACAUGGGUCUCACACGGAACCCUGCAUCAAUGGGGGUUCUGCUCGGGCUGCUGCGCAGUGCACUGGCGAGAUGCAAAGAGGCAUUGGAAAAAGAGCCAUGCAGGGCGUGUAAGGGAAGUAGUCAGACUGAAAGACUCAUUCUGCUCACCCUGUUACUGCAGUUUAUGAGUAACAUGUAUGAGCGUGUAGUCGAGAGUUGUGUGGCAAUGAUUGAUGACAUGGUUAAUGAGAAUCAUGAAGAUCCAGCUCCCCACUAUCUGGUUGGCUCGACUCCGUCUCCUAGAUCAACCAGUAAUCAACCACUCGGCGGGGUAAUGGACGACACGGACUAUGCACAUGGGCAAAGGAGGGAUGCUGUGCAAGGGUUGGCCCGCGCACCAGGUGAUGCAAUGGAGGACUUGUGGUUCUCAACGUAUCAUAUUCAGAGUAGCUGCGAGCGUCUGCAUGUUCUAACCACACUGGUAACGGUCCAGAUUACGGAACUCUCAUAUCUUUUGGGUAAUCCUAAACUACGUGCGGGUGGCAGACAAAAUCAACUCGCGAUUUUGGCUUCCAUUGAGAGAGUCACUAGCUCCUCCCGACGUUUCCUGCGAGAGAGCAUUGAUAGAGCCAUUGCUAGCAAGGAACAGCACUGA